UUUUAUUAUGGUGCCAUUAAUAUAGGUAGCUUCUCAUACGUGUUGGCUUGAAUGGGUGGUGAAUGAAUAAAUGAAGGUCAAAGAGAGUCUGUAGUAUCCCUGCUCCUAAAUUUCUGUGCCUUCUGGUCGUCAGGGUUGCAGAGGAUGCACUUGAAUAAGUUCUGGGGACUUGAUCAAGACCUAACUGCAUUCUCAUCCUUUGCUGACUGCUCAUUCUAAAACGUCUCUCUCCUGCCCCCUUUUCUCUCCUAAGCGCACAUAACCUCUCCAGCAUAGUUUUCACAGGAGGCUUCCGGCCCUCAGAUGGGAAAGGGUUAAGGGCUUUCCAGUUAGGUCAGUGGAAGUAGAGGACAUCCCAGGGGAGAAGAAAGUCACAUGGCAAAGCCCAUGGUCCCCAAAGAGGCUCAGAGAAAUAUUAAUUUGCCUUGCCGUUCUUCCUCUGGCUUGGUCGUCUGGCCACUGCACACAGUCUGCAGGUUGUGGGAAGAGCCUGCCAUCCAGGCAGGGGCACGGCUCCAGUCUGUGGUUCCCGAUGGCUGUGACAGACGGUUUGGAGUGAGGAGAGAUGUAGGUUGGUGCGACCAGGGUAGCCUGGUGCUUCUGUGGGUCCUUCUGCCCAUGCGCAGGAAAUGGAGUGGGGAGGGGGUGGGGGCAGAAUAACUGAGUGUGGGAAUAAAUGAUGAGGGAAAUGCUGAGUUUAUCGAUGAAAGAUGGGAGAAAUGAUGCUGGAUGGCUUUCAUCAUUUGGUUCCCCAGUAGAGGCUGUGUUUGGAAUUCUCCGAUCCUCUGAGAGCAGAGGCAGUGGGGACAUGCCAGAUUUUUCUGCAGAAGUUUUGUGGCAUGCUGGAAAUAGUGGAAUGAGAGGCAAGAAAUCUUAGCUCACUUCCUCUGUGACCCUGGGAAAAUUGCCCUUCUUUCUCUGGGUUUUGUAAGUCAUAAGUCUUACGAUAAGAUUAUUCUCGAGCAGGGAUUGCAAACAAUGUUUGCGGUUUUUUUGUUUGUUUGUUUGUUUGUUUGUUUGUUUUGUAAAGGGCGAGAGCACAUAUUUUAAGUCUUGCACACGGUCUCUGUUGCAACCAUGCAGUCUUUCCUGUAAAAGCAGUCAUGGACAAUACGUGACAACUGGCCAUGGUUGUGUUCCAAUAAAAUUUGAUUUACAAAAGCAGGUGCUGGGCAGGCAUUUGGCCCAUAGGCGGCAGUUCGAUGACGGCUGGUAUCAAGGGCCACCCAGCAUGGAUAGUUUAUAUCUCUGGCUCAUGUUUGGGCAAUUCCAGGGUGGAACUGGUGAAGCAAGGGGCUUGUCUUGGAAACUGCAUUCCCAGUGAGAGUUCUUUCUCCUGGCAAAGGUAAGAGGACCUUCAGGCUGGAGGCAGGGCGAAGAGCUGCAUCACCUCUGGAAGCUCUACUUCCUGAGAAAACGGGUUUCAUGAGAGGAGAGUCAGCAUGCUGAGUGGAGACAGGCAAGCUGAUCACUUAGAGGUCCCAGCUCAUCUCCGUGAGCGUGAGGUUGGCUAGGGAAUGCCUUGUGUGCAUGAGGAUGGGUAUACACAGGAAGGAAAAUUUCAAAGUAUGUGUGUGUGCGUGUUCAUAGAGAAGGGCUGUAUGUGUGAAUAGGGAACGUGCGUUAGCGUGUAAAUCUUCAUCAAAAUUUGUGUGAGCGAAUAUGCGAGUUGUGCCUGUAUCAGUGAAUGUGUGUGACACGAAUGGCGGUUUGGGUGUGUUUGAAUGUAUGUGGAUUUGCAGCAGGCGGAGCUGGAAUUGAACUCAGGUCUACAGCCCGUGUGAUUUUGCCUAUAUUACAUUGUCUUACGUGUCUUUGGCAUUCUGGCAGAAAUAAGAGAAAUAGAAGGGAGUGGAGAGGAAGCCAAAGAAGGGUGGUUAGGUAAUCAACAAAACAAAGUGGGCGUUUCUAAAGCUCAUGGAACCUCGGACCCUGAUAAUCUUGGAUUCAAAUAUUAGUUUUGACUUUGGGCAGUGACUUAUCUGACAGUCAGUUUCUUCAUGCACGAACCAGUGAGACCUUCAGUUUCGGGGGUUUCAUGCAAUGAUUAAAAACAGUAAAUAUAUCAAACACGCAGGAGGUAUGUAGUGGGUGAUAUCAUCAAAUAAAGAUGUAUUAAUAAUAGAAAUUGGAGAUUCCUAAUACCAAAUGAAAUGUAAUAUUAGAUUCAGCAGCCAUGACAUGAGCGGUUACUUUAGAAAAGGAGGCUUUAGCGGUGUUCCAGGGUUAAUAGUCAGGUGGCAUUGGGUAAAGAUGAGGAGGGUGGUAAGAGAAUGGGCAAAGAGAAGGCACAUCCCUCCUUUUGUAAAAGCGAGAUAAAUGGGGGAAUAGACACAUUAAGGAGAAGAAGCCAGCAGAGAGGGAGGGUGUGAAAUUACCAGAGUGAUGGAUUAACGGGGAGAGGUACUUGAAGAGAAGGUCGGAGUCCAGGGCACAGAUGGAGGGCUAAGGCUUGAAUGGCAACAAGAGGGGAAAGACAAAUCAACUAUAAAUUCGUUGGUGGCAGAGUGAGGGAGGUUAUGAUUUUGUUUUUCUCCUUGGCCAGGAGUCAGCGCCUCACAGUUGCUGAUGAAGGGGACCAACGUGGUGUAAGGUGACAUGAUGUGAUUCAAAGGAUGGUGCGGUAGCUAAACUCCAGCUCCACCAUGCACUAGCCAGGUGGUCUUGGCCGGGGGAUGACACGCUCUGGUUGCUCCCCAUCAGUCAGCUGGGGGAAAUGACUACAGAUAUCUCGCAUGUGGUUGAGACAAUGCACAUGGAGCCCCUAGCACAGAGCUGCUGCUAACUGGUCUCUUGUUUCUGUUCUCCCACCUCCCUCCCCCAUGCUUCUUACAUGGUACUGCCCUGGAGAGAGAACCCUAAAACGCUCACAGCCCCAUGCCAUUCUCUCACCACAAACCCUUGAGUGGCUUUUACUGCUUCAACAUAAAUUCUAAACUCUUUAGACCGGUACCCAGCGCCCUCAGUGAUCUGGCCCCUACUUCACUGCCUGGUAUCAUUUCCUACCACUUCAUACCACAUCCUCUAUGCUAUGGAAACCCUGAAUCGUUAUAAUUUUCCUCCAAACUCCAUGUCCUUUCAUCUCAGUGAUUUUGGUCAUGUGCAUCCAUCUUCACAUGACUUGACUUGGCAAAACUCUUACCUAUUUUUCAAGAGUCAACUCAGGGGGUUACCUUUAGAAAACCUUUUCUGAACCUGUGGAAGCUCUCCAUGUUUCCCACGCUCCCUGUGUUUCACUCUCCUUCCACACCCCGCACACUGUAUAGAUAGUUUAAUUGUCUGUCUGCCCCAAGUAGGUCCUCCAGGGGCCAUGGUUGGUGCUCCUGAGGCUUGCUAAAUUGAUAGUUAACGCAGUUACCAUUUUCCUUUUGAGGUGCACAUCACAUCCUGAUGGUCAAGGCGGAAACUGCAACGUUAUUCACAGUGCUUAACUGUUUAUAGCCACCUGAUGCUAAGGUCUAUGACAUUCUAGGGCUGGAACAACUCUUUCAGAUAUCUAAUCCAACUUCUCCCCAACUUUAGUUUUAAGGUGAUAAAAGAGAGGCCCAGAGCAGGGGAGUCAUUUUACUGAGAUCAUGUAGCUAGUGAAGAGAAUGGCAAGGAGUUUUUACCUGUUUCCUGAUUCCUGACCCAGACCCUUCCCAUUUCUCAUCCAGCGAGAAAGGAUCUGUUCCUGCUUCCCCGACUCCAACCCCAUCCACCUUUUGGGGACGAGAGAAGAGGUGACUGCGAUAUCCUAUCCUCCAGCAUCCAAAUGACUCACCUUGGGCAUGGCAACUCCCAACCACACUGGUACCAGCCACUCACUCUUCAUUCUGUUGGGGAUCCCUGGCCUGGAAGACCAGCACUCAUGGAUCUCUCUCCCCUUCUUUAUUUCCUACCUUGUGGCCGUCCUUGGGAAUUGCCUCCUUGUCUUCCUCAUCAUCACUGAACGCAGCCUCCAUGAACCCAUGUACUUCUUCCUCUGCAUGCUGGCUCUGGCUGACCUCAUCCUGUCCACCACCACUGUGCCCAAAGCCCUGGCCAUAUUCUGGUUCCAUGCUGGAGAGAUUUCCCUUGAUGGCUGUGUCACCCAAAUCUUCUUCAUCCAUGCCACCUUCAUCGCCGAAUCGGGGAUUCUGUUGGCCAUGGCAUUUGACCGGUACGUGGCCAUCCGUGACCCCCUGCGCUAUACCACGGUGCUCAGCCAUGCAGUAAUCAUAAGGAUUGGCCUGGCCGUGGUCCUGAGGAGCUUUUCUGUGAUACUUCCCGAUGUGUUCCUGGUGAAGAGACUGCCUUUCUGCCGCAGCAAUGUGCUACCACAUGUAUACUGUGAGCAUAUGGCUGUUGCCAAAUUUGCCUGCGCUGACAUUCGUGUCAAUGUCUGGUAUGGCCUGUGCGUUCUUCUCUCCACUGUAGUGACGGAUGUCUUGCUCAUCCUGGUUUCUUACAUGUGCAUCCUCAGUGCAGUUUUCCGCCUCCCCUCCCAAGGAGCUCGGCAAAAGGCCCUGGGCACCUGUGGCUCCCACCUGGGGGUCAUUUCCAUGUUCUACUUGCCUGGCAUUUUUACCAUAAUUACCCAGCGGUUUGGGCAUCAUGUGCCUCUCCAUACCCACAUUCUGCUCGCAAAUGUCUGCAUGUUAGCCCCUCCUAUGCUAAACCCCAUCAUUUACGGGAUCAAGACCAGGCAGAUUCGAGAGUGUGUGGUUAGUACUUUGUCUUCACAGGGGAAACACUGCUGAGUUUGUAAGACAGGUGAUAUGUUUAUUGAUGUAGGGUCUCACAUUUUUUGGUCUACUUUGUAGAGACUUAUGAAUUAAGGGUUGUACUGACUGUGAACAAAGUGAUUUGUCAAUGGCUUUGAAAGAAAGAUUGCAUGUUACCUUAGAAAGGGUAAGUGUUUAGAAAAGAGCAUGAGCUUUUGGAUCAGAAGUAGAUUUGUGUCCUGAGACAAAAGUGAUGUGUUUGACCUUGGGGGGAAGUUAAUUAUUCCCUUGGAGAAUCUUCUUAUCACACGCACAGCGUUCCAGAAAAAUAGGGAUAUCAAAACCAAACUAAAUCUUAUUAAACAAUGAGAAUUAUUUCCUACAACACACUUAGCUAGGACACUGAAAUGAAAACACCUGGGCAAAAUAUAUAUUAACUUAAUAAUACAUAAGGUUGAAACAUCUAUGUUUAUAUUUAUAACUACAAGCUGUUUUUUGAGUUCGAAAUGCUACUAACUCAAAUGAUGCAUAUAAGGUCAAUUAAUCUUUGCCAAGGGUGCCAAGAAUUCUCAGUGAGGAAAGAACAGUCUCUUAGUAAAAGAUGUUAGGAAAACUGGAUAAUCACACUCCAAAGAUUGAAACUGGACCCUUAUCUUAUGUCAUACACAAAAAUUAACCUCAAGUGGGUGAAAUACUUAAAUGUAACACCUGAAACUGUAAAAGUCAGAGAAAAAUAUAGAGAAAGGCAUCUUGACAUUGGUCUCAGCACCAAAAAUAUAGGCAAUAAAAGCAAAAUAAAGAAGUGGAACUACAUCAAACUAAAAAGCUUCUGCACAGCAAAGCAAACAAUCAACAAAAGGCAACCUAUAGAAUGGGAGAAAAAAUUUUCAAAUACCUGAUAAAGGGUUAAUGUCCAAAUACAUGAGACCCAAGAAACUCAACAAAACCCAAUAGCAAAAAAACACAAAAAACAAAAAAC